AUGCCUGACCUACUUUUCCAUGACGGUGUUCACGAACCCAACAAAGCUACAUCAGAAUGCAACCAGGACAAAUCACCACUCAACUCUUCCACCAACAAUCAUCCAACCGACCAGUGUCCCACAAAAACCAAAGCUUGUCCUUCUGGGAGCACCAGUGCCCCCUUUUUACGCCAGCUUUCUUACAUACCCAAUUCGGUAAAUUCGGUAUACUACGAAUAUCACAGUUAUUUGAAUUCAAGCACUACUUCAUCAAUUGCCAUUGCCACAAAUUUCUUUGAUUCGAUCGAGGAGCUCAACGAAUUUGGGAUGCCUGAUCUGAAUCCCGUCGAUAUUCAGAAUUUGGUGCAGUUAUUUCAACUGGAUUCCUCACCUGAGGUCAGCGCCCGAAUCUCAAUCCUGCUUCAAAUGUUGUCUGAAGAUGCGCAUACGGUUCAAGAGCAAAUGAAAGUAUUGAUCGGCAAAGGGAAGAUGGAAGUACAGAUGAUAGCCCUUGCUUGCUCUAAUUUAAAAUCACAUGGGAAUGUGCUGGACCGUACAGCCCCUGGCAAGCUCCUGGCCCAAUUCUCAUCAACCCUCGACCAACUUGCCACUCUCGCGCUACAAACAUCUGGUAUAAUCGAAGGUUCACUCAAACAGUCUUCGGUGUUGCGGGAACUACUUGAAAUGCAAAGAAUGUUUUUGCGACAAACCCUCAAAUCUUCAGCGGUCUUCAAGAUGAUACAAAGGAAAUUUUUUGUCGACACUGAAGCCCAGAUUCUUGGACACCAGGUUAUAUUAGCCAUUGGACAUGUUCAAAAGCUGUCUAAAUUCAUGUACGAUUCCCGAUCGCUACUAAGGCUGUAUGCUGGAAACGUAAACUCACUUUCAGUGAGUAGCCUCUAUCUCUGA